CGUGACGUGCAGGUCUGACAGUCAACUUGGUACCUUUCACAUGUCAGACUCAUCACUGUGACAUCACUGAGCGUAAUGCGCAAGACAACCAUGUUGAAGCUGCACGUUUCCCGCAGAUGCCCGACACUAGUAAGUAACAUGUUAAAGUACUCUUGUCGUACUUAACCUUUGCAAAGCGCAUCCUUUGUCGCCCCCUUUUGUCAAUUUGUUCCAUUGCUGUAGCCCAUCAACUCACGAUGGGAUACUUUAUCGACUAUAUUUGGUACUUUGUUACACACCCUAUCCUCUUCAUUUACCAAGUGGUUCAAUACGUGCUUGACUUACUCCUUUCACCUACUCCCCCUCCACCCCAUUCAAACCUUGCUCGCCCGAAGAUUGCCAUUAUAGGCGCUGGUCUCACUGGUGUAUCGGCUGCUUCGCACAUUGUCGGUCAUGGCUUUGAUUGCCGUAUCUUUGAGGCUGGGCCAAAAGAGAACCUAGGUGGGAUCUGGAGCCGAGUGAACAACACCUCUGGUCUGCAAAUCCACUCAGUCAUGUAUCGCUUCCACCCCUCGGUGCACUGGAAGAAGGGAUAUCCGGAUCGCCAGCAGAUUGUGUCACAGAUUACACAGUUGUGGAAGAGAUAUGGACUGGAGGACAAGACGGAGUUCAAUACAAAGGUAGAGAAGGUCUACAAGGAUCCACACGGGCGAUGGAUUAUCAACGACCCGAGCCAUGGACGAUUUGAUGGAGUCAUUGCAGCCAUCGGAACAUGUGGUGAUCCAAAGAUGCCGAGGCUGCCUGGCCAGGAGAAUUUCAAGGGAAAGAUUUGGCAUAGCUCGGACCUAGACGGCAAGGUGGCCAAAGGAAAGAAGGUGGCCAUUAUUGGUGGAGGUGCAUCUGCUGUUGAGGCAUUGGAGUUUGUUGCGAACGAAGAGGCAGAACAUGCAUAUGUCCUUUCGCGCAGUGAGAAGUGGAUCAUCCCGCGGAAUCCAUUCAUCGAUGCUCUUCUGGCCCUCAACAUUUUCGGCUCCGAAACAAUCUUUUCCUGGAUUCCAGAGUACAUUCUGAGACUAUUCUUCUACCGCGACCUCUACGACAUUUCGCCGGCGCCCAAUAGUGGAAAGGGACUCUUCACCGAGACACCAAUGGUAAACGAUCAGGUUCUCGACCUCAUUCGCUCAGGUAAAGCUUCCUGGCUGCGCGGCGACAUCAUGGGGUACGAUGGCUCUGGUCGGGGUAUCAAGUUCAACAAACGCGCUCAGGGGGUUCCCAAGAAUGGACCUGGCUCAGAGAAAUUGAUCGAAGCGGACAUUGUCAUCAUGGCUACGGGAUACAAACGACCAAGCUUGGGCUUCCUGCCAGAGGAAGUCUUCAACGAGCCAUAUGAUCCACCAAACUGGUACCUCCAGGUUUUCCCUCCAGAACACCCUUCGAUUUGCGCAAAUAACUGCACAUAUGUCAAUGCAAUUGGCACAGUCGGGAACUACCACAUUGGCAUCUACACACGCUUCCUGCUCAUGUAUCUGGUGGACCCGCUGGCACGACCCAGGACGUGGUGGAUGAAGCGGUGGAUAGACAUGACGCGGUUCAUCAAGAGCAAGGCCCCCGGAGGAGCAUUUGAUUUCUUCACAUACUCUGAGCUGAUUUACUGGUUUGUCUUUACAAUUGCCAUCAAUCCAUUCCGGUGGAAGUGGGCAGCUUUUGUACUGUGCGGAGUUGGCAAAGGACUGCCACUGAGCGUAGUUGAGCAGGAGAAUCGAGCAAGAAAUGGACUGGGCAUGACACAUGUUAUUGGCAGUCAAAGCAACGGAUAUCAGACGGAAUAGCGGAGUCCCGGAUAAUGAGAAAUGGUUAGCUUGUCGCAUAAUGUAUAGGAAAUGCUCAAGAUGGAUUUAGACUUUCAGCUCUUUCUUGCUCAUUUGAUCAAUCUCUCCGUGGAGCUGUAGAGAAAGUCGUGGUGGAGAUGAUCUUGACCAUCAUGAGCUUCCUUUUUGGACGAGGAAUAAGGAAGCACACACUGCCACGUAGGGAAGAGCUGAUGAAGCAAGCAGCAUUUCGGCGACUACAUGUGGACGCGAGAGUGGGAUCAGCUGAAAGUGGUGUGCAGCAAUGGGGAUUUGGACAGCUUAAAUGC